AUGGAUCGGAAAGAUGCUCACCCACCGCCCGGGGACGUUGAGAAGAACGGCGCCUUUUAUGUUGAAGAUGUUGCAAAGGCUGAAGCCACAUCACCGGCCACGUCGGGGCAUUCAGGCCCACUCGAUCCCGACGAUGAACCCAAGAUGACCGUUCGUCGCUUCAUGCCUUUGGUCGCCAUGGCAUUUCUCUGGACUGGCUCCCAAAUCCCGCUUUACCUCUACGGCGCCAUUCCGCCUUACAUCUACGGUGACAUUGGCGGUGUCGACAGAUGGAUCUGGUUUGUGCUGGGAAACCUGCUGGCAUUGGCUGCUAUUUGCCCUUUCGUUGGAUCCCUUUCGGAUUUGUUUGGGAGACGAUACACUGCCAUGAUGGGAGCCGUCUUCCUCAUAAUCGGAAACAUCGUCACUUCGACAUCCCAUACAAUGAACAUCUUCAUUGCUGGCAUGGCGUUGGCUGGCAUCGGCGCUGGUAUCCUGGAACUGACUGCUCUUGCCGUGACCUCCGAAAUCGCCCCAACCAGGAAAAGAGGAAAAUACAACGCUUGGAUGAUCCUUACCAUCUUGCCUUUCUGUCCGUCCGUGCUCUGGGCCCAGUUGGUCGCUCACUACGGUAGCUGGCGCUACAUCGGCCUCUGGUGCGCCAUCUGGGCAUUCAUCGGAUUAGCCCUGACUUUCAUCUUCUACCAUCCUCCUCCACGUUCGAACACAACCGGCUUGUCCAAGAGAGAGAUUCUGAAGCGCAUUGACUACGUUGGCGGAUUGCUGUCCAUUUCCGGGCUGUUGUUGUUCAUGGCUGGCCUACAGUGGGGAGGCUACAACUACCCAUGGACCUCGGCUCACACACUGGCGCCUCUACUCAUAGGCGCUGCUCUUGUCGCCGCCUUCCUUGUGUGGGAGUCGAAAUUUGCCGCUUACCCCAUGUUUCCGUCAAGCAUCAAGCGAGAGCCGAGAAUACUGUUGUUGACCCUGAUUAUCACAUUCAUCUCCGGGGCCAAUUUUUUCAGCGUCCUCCUGUUCUGGCCGACGCAGUCAUACAAUAGCUACGGCCAUGAACCAAUCGCUGUUGGGAUCCGCAAUAUCACCCUCGGAUUUUCAAUCUUGGCCGGUGCCUGUGUAGUUCUGGCCUUGCUUACCUACACGCGCGGCCAUAUCCGCCUCCUCAUGCUCGGGUCCUGCAUUUUCAUGACGGCCGGAGGCGGUGGAAUGGCUGCCCUACGCACCGACAACAUCUGGCUCGUCUACGUCGUACUCACCAUCGCCGGCUUUGGAAUCGGGGGAAUCGUCGUUCCAGCGAGUAUCAUCACCAAUAUCAUCUGCCCAGAUGAGGUGAUCGCAACGGUGACGGCUCUGACGCUGGCCGUCCGUGUGCUCGGCGGUGCCAUCGGCUACUGCAUAUAUUACAACGUCUUUGCUCAAAAAUUUGCGCACGCUGCAUCAGAGCUCAUCCUCGUCCCUACAGCGGCUGUAACCCUCCAAACGAAGGACCCUGAGAUUUUAACCAAGGUUGUCGACAUCACAGUUGCCGGAUUGCUGGACAUGUUCUACGAGUUCCCCAACAUUACGGAGACGCAGGUGCAAACGCUGAUCCACGCCGGGCAAGAGACGUACGCCUACGCGUACCCGUACGUGUACUAUGUUUCCAUCGCAUUCGGUGCCGUCUCAAUUAUUUGCAGCCUUUUCCUUGGCAACAUCAAAAAAUAUAUGACGGACAACGUUGCUGUCAGCAUGUAG